GUUCCCCGGGCUUUCCAGCGGAGGGCGGGAAAGGGGCGGUGGCGGCGGGGCCGAUGGCGGGCGGCGGCGGCGGCCGGCGCGGGCGGGAGCAGCUGGAGCUGGAGCGGCUGGGCCAGGCGGCGCGGCCCGGCUCCUGCCCGCCGUCGCCGCCGCUCUCCGCCUGCUCGCGGCAGGCCUGGAGCCGGGACAACCCGGGCUUCGAGCCUGAGGAGGACGCGGCGGCGGCGCCGGCUGGGCCGGCGGGGCCGGUGCUGGAGAUGGACGUGGAGUGGGGCAGCCGAGCCGCGUCGUCGCCGGGCAGCGGCGCGGGGGGCCCGGCGGGCGGUGGGCGGCGGGCGCGGCGGGGCCCGGCGGGGCGCGGAGGGGCCGAGGGGCCAGGCCGCCUCCCGGGGCCGCCAGACGGAGCCGCGCCCCGCAGAGCAGCCUGGGCCAAGCGCCUGGCGCGGAGACUGCGAGGUCUGUGGGGUACAAGACUCAUGGAAGAGAGCAACACCAGCAGAGAGCGGUACUUGAAAAGUGUUUUACGGGAGCUGAUCACAUACAUGGUUUUCCUCGUGGUACUGUGUGUCUUGACUUAUGGGACAGUGAGUUCCAGUAUGUACUAUCAUACAAGGGUUAUGUCACAGCUCUUCCUGGAAACACCUGUGUCAAAAACGGAGAGAACUGAUUUCAAAACUUUGUCCUCAAUGGAUGACUUCUGGAAGUUCACAGAAGGCCCUCUGCUGGAUGGUCUUUACUGGGAGAUGUGGUACAACAACGAAACCAUGGCAGAAAACAAAAGCUUCAUUUAUUAUGAGAACCUGCUCCUAGGGGUGCCUCGCAUUCGGCAGCUGAAAGUCAGAAAUGGUUCAUGCUCCAUACCUGAAGAUUUAAAGGAUGAAAUCAAAGACUGCUAUGAUGUCUAUUCUGUAGCUAAUGAAGAUACUGCUCCUUUUGGACUCCAGAAUGGAACUGCCUGGACAUACACCAGUGAGAAGGAUUUGAAUGGGAGCAGCCACUGGGGCUUGAUUGCCACAUACAGCGGGGCUGGUUAUUACCAAGACCUCUCGAGGACCAGAGAAGUGACAGCUCUGCAGAUUGCGAGCCUGAAGAAGAACCUGUGGCUGGACAGAGGGACCAGAGCAGCCUUCAUUGAUUUCUCUGUGUACAAUGCAAACAUCAACCUAUUCUGCGUGGUCAAGUUGCUAGUGGAGUUUCCAGCCACUGGAGGCCUGGUUACAUCUUGGCAGUUUCAGCCUGUGAGGCUGCUUCAUUACAUCUCCACUUUUGAUUUUUUCCUGGCAGCCUGUGAAAUGUCCUUCUGUCUUUUUGUUCUGUAUUAUAUGGUGGAGGAGGUCUUAGAAAUUCGCAUUCAUAGACUGCGCUACUUCAGAAGUCUUUGGAAUUGCCUUGAUAUCCUUAUCAUUGUGCUGUCUGUGGUAGCUAUAGGAAUUAGCAUCUAUAGGACAUCAACUGUUGAUAUGCUCCUGAAGAAGUUGCUGGAAGAUCAGAACUCAUUCCCCAAUUUCGAACCCUUGGCAUAUUGGCAAAUGCAGUUCAACAACAUUGCUGCAGUCACUGUGUUUUUUGUCUGGAUUAAGCUUUUCAAAUUUGUUAACUUCAACAGAACAAUGAGCCAGUUAUCCACCACAAUGUCUCGCUGCGUCAAAGAUGUCAUUGGCUUUGCCUUUAUGUUUUUUAUUAUUUUCUUAGCAUAUGCUCAGUUAGCCUACCUUGUCUUUGGCACUCAAAUUGAUGACUUCAGCACUUUCCAGGACUGCAUAUUUACUCAAUUCCGCAUCAUUUUGGGAGACUUCAAUUUCACAGAGGUUGAAGAAGCUAAUCGAAUUUUGGGACCCAUUUAUUUCACUACAUUUGUGUUCUUUAUGUUCUUCAUUCUUUUGAACAUGUUUUUGGCCAUUAUCAAUGAUACCUACUCUGAAGUCAAAUCAGAUAUGGCACAACAGAAGGCAGAAAUGGAAUUGUCUGACCUUAUCAGGAAGGGCUAUAACAAAGCCAUGAUCAAACUUAAAUUGAAGAAAACUACUGUUGAUGACAUUUCAGAAAGUCUGAGACAAGGUGGAGGAAAACUCAACUUUGAUGAACUCCGGCAGGAUCUCAAAGGGAAGGGCCACACGGAUGCAGAGAUUGAAGCAAUAUUUACCAAAUACGAUCAGGAUGGGGACCAGGAAUUGACAGAGCAUGAACAUCAGCAGAUGAGAGAUGAUCUGGAGAAAGAGAGGGAGGAUCUGGACCUAAAUAGGAGUUCUCUGCCACGUCAUCUGAGCAGCCGCAGCUUCCUCCGGAGCUUGGAUGACUCCGAGGAGGAUGAGGAUGAAGACAGUGGACACAGCUCCAGGAGGAGGGGCAGCAGCUCUAGUGGGGUUUCCUAUGAAGAGUUCCAAGUACUCAUGAGGCGGGUGGAUCGCAUGGAGCAUUCCAUUGGCAGUAUUGUCUCCAAGAUUGAUGCCGUUAUUGUGAAGCUGGAAGCCAUGGAGAGGUCCAGGCUAAAAAGAAGAGAUGUGUUGGGAAGGCUGUUAGAUGGAGUGACAGAGGAUGAAAGACUGGGCCGGGACAGUGAAAUCCACAGGGAACAAAUGGAGCGGCUGGUGCGAGAGGAGCUGGAGCGCUGGGAGUCAGAUGAUACGGCCUCCCAAAUGAGCCAUCGCCUGGGAACACCCCUGGGACUGAACGGCCAACCUCGCUCCAGGAACUCCCGGCCAUCGUCUUCCCAGUCAGAUGGUGUUGAUGCAGGAGCAGGAAAUGGGGGGAACAACAUCCAUGUGUAGCUUGAGCCUUGUAGGUGAUUCCAAAUGUUUCAGGUCAGUAUUCAGCCAGCAAAUACCCCAGCGCUGUUCCCCAGCAUGAGGGGAUCGUUGUGAUCAGACCACUGAGGCAUUUUUCACAGGUGGGAAAAAAUAAAUAUUCACUCCACAAAUCCUUUUCAGACCUGUGUAAGCCAUGUGUAAUGCCAGCAGUGAGAGUGUCACCCUUGGAAACAAAAAUGCAGGAAACUGAAUAGAUAUCGGGUGGAGCAAAAUCUACCAGGACAGAAAUCUGAUUCCUUAAAAAUAUUAUUGGGAACAUUUGCACGAGGGCAGCAAGCUUCAGACAAAAUAAUAAGCAGUGGCUGGCACACUCAAAGGCUAUCAAUUUUCUGCUUCCUCUUGGAAAGUACAGUUUUUAAAGGCUUUUAAAAGCAAAUUUUAAAAUAAUAUGACAUCAGAUUGUCUUAUUCACUAUAACAGCUGACAGAUAAAACAGCACUUUUUUUUUUAAUAUGACUUUUUACUUGUCUUUCUGAGUUAUUCAUGGUAUACUAAUAUUUUACUUAAUUUAAAAUAUUAUUUUUUUCCUGUUUUGAGAGGUACAUUUCUUUAGGAAGAAGAAAGUGCAUUUAGUUUGUGCAAGUUUAAAUUACAUCAUUCUGUGGUAGAAACUGAAUGCAUUUCGGAAGACAUAUUUGAGCUGUUUCUUCGCACCCAACUAACAUAAUAAUUUUCAACUAUAUUGCAAAGUGCCCAUUUUUUAAUGCUAUGUUUUAAUGAUUUAAGUGUUUCUUGGAUAAACAUUCCAGAGCUUCUUAGAGAAAUACAGCUACUUUGCAGAAAAUAUAUUAUUUAAAAACACACAAAAUUGAAAAACACUAAGUUUUCCUUGGAUGUGACAGAGAAAGGGGCAGAGGAGUUUCUGACAGUUGGGAAAAUCUGAUCUUGUGCCAUGUGAAGUUCUAAUCACAUUUUAACUAUGUGGUCUAUAUUUACAUUUAACUAAACUAUUGUAAAAUCAUUAGGUACAUUUCUACAUAGACUUUUCUACUGAGGUGCAACACAGGAUUCCUUUGGGGGUGUUUGUAGUAUAAUCACUGAUUUUUAGUAUUUAAUUCUUUCUGCUUUGUGUCAUAGAAGCUUUAUUUUUGAAAGGACGUACAACAUUGAAAUUCUGUUGUUUUCGUAUAGAGAGCACUGAGGCAGUGUUUGGAGUUUUGCCUAGCAAUGUGUUUCCAUAUGUGGAAUGCUGGUUUAGGAGGGAGGCUGUCAAUUGUGCCUUUUUUCCUGAAGAUGACAGUUGUCUGGUAUUUGAAGACUGGUGAAAAAGAUAAUGGAAAGCUACAUGAUCAACCACAUCUCAGCUAUUACUAGGGUAUAUAGAGGAAAAAAAGGCCAGUUUGACAAAGUAUAAGUAGCAUUUGUUAUGUUGGUGCCUUCUGUUUCAACAAGCAGUUUUUAUCUCUUCACUCCUGUGGGAGUUCUGCUUAGGCAAAGCUUCCAUGUUCCAUAUAUCCUUGCAAUGGCAUUGCCUGGAUGAGCAGUGGCUCAGAAUGCCUUUCCUCUAACCAGGGAACUUGCUAAAACUAAAUAGAAUUCACGCCUUUCCAUUUUUAACUUUGUGAGAAGCCAAUACACGCAGAAACCUAAUUAAUGUAAGGUAGAAGAGGCGGAAAUUCAGUAUUGGAAUUUCAUAGUAGCUGUGUCUCAGGACCAGAAUUAUGUAGGAGAACAAAUUGUGGUUCUUGUGUGGGUUAUUUUGUCCUGUGUUGGGAAGAAAUUCAUAGCCUUUCACAAGAGUCCUCAUAAGCUUGCCAAAACAGUGCACAGCAGAGUGGGUAGGGUAUUUGUGUGGAAUGAGGACAUUCAGAUUAAACUCUCUUUUGCCUUGAUUGAAGGGUUUAACACCUCAGAAACCUUUCUGAAGAAAGCUUUUCAGUGUUGAACUGCAUUUCUGACUGUAAACAAACAGACCAAAACGAAACACCAGCUGUACACAUGGCCAACUGGUGUGCAAGGAAAAUAGAAAAUACAAUACCAAAGAAAUUUAAAUAUAUAGAGCCUUGUCUUUAUAUUCAUAUCCAAAAUGUGUCUUUCAAAAUGUAAAUUCAGUCAGUUCACCUUUCAUUUGUACCAAAUGUUUAUUAUGAAAAUGUUUGCAUUAAUAGUUUUAUUUGUUGGGGUGUAUUUAUGUAACGUAUCAUUACUUGAUAACAAACUUCAUCUUGAAGUGCAAUAAGUUUCCGUGGGGUACCCAUGUAUGUUAACACUUAAGUAGGUGCAGUAAGUGCAUUACCACUUGACAAAUGUUGCAAACAUUUUAUUGAUACAUUUUUCAGUUUUAGAUUAUAAUAUCAUUUGUCACUUAUUACAAAGGUACAGUUUUUUGCAUAGUAAUGUACAGUGUUUGGUCUUAUUAGGAAGCUGUUAAUUAUGCAAGUCUUCUAUAAUGAUCAAGAAUGUAUUGAUCUGUAAAAAUGAGCACUUUACUUCCUAAUAAACAUUUCAUAUAAUCUA